UCAUGGUAGCCAAGUGGUCAACACCUUUCUGCCACCUAGUAUGAUUUCUUUUUGUCGCAAAUAUUCAAUGUUUAUAAAAAUGUGUGCACAUAAAUUGCAUCAUUAAUUCAUGAAGCCAGUUUUUCUGAAUAAAUCCUUACGCGCCGCUCAUCCCCAUCUGACACAACAUACUACCUUGCCAAGAACAAAAGGAAUCCGCCAUGAAAAUGGCCACGGCCGCCGCCGCCACCUCCUCCUACAGCAGUGCGAGUGCCAUCUUGCUCUACGCUAUCUUCUUUGCCGGCACUCACGCCGAGCCGACCGAGGUGGCAACCUCUGAAGUCCCAAGCAUACUCCCCGUAUGCAAGACCGUCGGCGGCGGCAGCACGUUCUUCGACGUCCAAUACUGUCUGGAGGCACUCGGCUCUGACGGCCGGAGCGCCAACGCCGGCAUGAACUACCGCACCUACUCAUCCAUCGCCGCCGACCUCCUCGCGGCCAACGCCACCAGCACGGCGACCAAGAUCGGCGGCCUGCUCCGGGGGCGCGGCGGCGGCGAUGAGGCCACGACGCGCUGCCUCCGGUCGUGCCAGGCGCUGUACGGCGGCGUGGUGAGAAGGCAGCCCGGCUGCGCCGCCGCCGUCAGGGGCAGGAAGGACGGCGAGGCCACGAGGUGCCUGGAGGAAGCUGCGAGCGCGGCCAAGGAGUGCGAGGAGGGGUUCGGGAAGAGCAAGGUAGCGUCGCCGGUGACCAUGGAGAACGACGACGCGUUCAAGCUCGCAAAGCUCGCCGUCGCGCUGCUCAGCAUGGCUCAUUAUUAAUCACUGAGGAAGGCAUUCCUAGUAGGGCGGCGAACAUGUAUCAUUUUAUUUUCUGAAGAAUGUAUGUGGCUGUACUGGUAGUCUGGAGCUACUCCUUUCGAAUAAAGCAAAUAAAGCAAAUACGGCCGCGUGAUCU